AUGAAUCAGGAAACAUACGACUAUGUGCUAGAAAUAUUGAGCCGAGAGCCUUCAUUUAAUGAAGGCAUACGUCAACUUCAAAAGCGAUGGCCAGACGUUCUAGAAAAUGUCAGUGAUAAGACAUUAAAGAGUAUUCAGGCUCAGUACUAUGUGAGAAGAAUGAGGCGUAACCAUUUCCAUCAUUACAGUAGAGACACCAGAGAAAAAUACUAUCGCCU